AUGUGUGACGGCACCCUGCUGCCCCCUCUCGUCCUGUCCUUGCUGCUGCUGCUGGUGUGGGGGCUGGACUCGGGCACAGGUAGCGUUCCUUGCUCUCGCGGCCACCUUCCCGGUGCCUUCCCGAAGCAUCCCGGCGCCCGGGUUCAUGGGUGGACCGCUGACAGCAUCCCCGGAGGAGGAGAGCGAAGGCCGCGGCCGGAGAACUGGUCUCUGGUUCCCCCUCGGCACGCGGAUGGCGAGCUGUCCCCCGGUGCGAUCGAGUGGCUUCGCCGACUUGGAGAGGCCCGGCUCGGGGAGGGAAGGGAGUGCGGGGUCACGGCUGCGCGAUACCCACGGAGCCCUGCGAGCCAGCGCCUGAGCGCUGUCGACGACGCGGCGGCCGACGUGGAGGUGGUGCUCCCGAGGCGGCUGCGCCCCGAGGACGUGCACCUGCAGCUGCUGCCGGGAGCAGCGGUGCUCCGGCGGUGGCGGCGACCGCGAGCAUCUCCAGGUGGCCCUCGGGCAGGGCAAGGAGAGCGCGCCCUGCUACUGCACCUGCCGGCCUUUGGGCGCGACCUAUACCUGCAACUGCGUCGCGACCUGCGCUUCCUGUCCCCAGGCUUCGAGGUGGAGGAGGCGGGUGUCUCGGGGCGCAGCGGACACCCUGCGGAGCUGUGCUUCUACUCCGGACGAGUCCUAGGCCACCCGGGCUCCCUCGUCUCCCUCAGCGCCUGUGGCGCCGCCGGCGGCCUGGUUGGCCUCAUCCAGCUCGAGCAGGAGCAAGUGUUCAUCCAGCCCCUCAACAACUCAGGGGGCCCCUUCGUUGGAAGAGAGCAUCUCAUCAGACGCAAAUGGUCCUCCACCCCCAGCCCGUCUACGGAGGUAGAGGGACCCAGGCAGCGCUGCAAAGUAGUGACAGAAAAGAAUCCCAGGAAGGGCCAGCUGUCUCGGGACUGGAGGGAGCGGAGGAAUGCCAUCAGGCUCACCAACGAGCACACGGUGGAGACCCUGGUGGUGGCCGAUGCCGACAUGGUGCAGUACCACGGGCCGGAGGCUGCGCAGAGAUUCCUCCUCACUGUCAUGAACAUGGUAUACAACAUGUUUCAGCACAGGAGUCUCGGGAUUAAAAUUAACGUUCAAGUCACCAAGCUGGUCCUUCUGAGACAACGUCCUGCCAAGUUAUCCAUUGGGCACCAUGGUGAGCGGUCCCUGGAAAGCUUCUGCCACUGGCAGAAUGAGGAGUAUGGAGGAGCGCGCUACCUUGGCAAUAACCAGGUCCCAGGAGGGAAGGAUGAUAUACCUCCUGUGGAUGCUGCUGUAUUUGUGACCAGGACAGAUUUCUGCGUUCACAAAGAUGAGCCUUGUGACACUGUUGGGAUUGCUUACUUAGGAGGCGUGUGCAGUGCUAAGCGGAAAUGUGUGCUCGCCGAAGACAAUGGUCUCAAUUUGGCCUUUACCAUCGCACAUGAACUGGGCCACAACCUGGGGAUGAACCAUGAUGACGACCACUCAUCUUGUGCUGGCCGGUCACACAUCAUGUCGGGAGAAUGGGUAAAAGGCCGGAAUCCUAGCGACCUCUCUUGGUCGUCCUGUAGUCGAGAUGACCUUGAAAACUUUCUCAAAUCCAAAGUCAGCACGUGUUUACUGAUCACUGACCCCAGGAGCCAGCAUGCCCUGCGCCUUCCUCACAAGCUGCCGGGCAUGCACUACAGCGCCAACGAGCAGUGCCAGAUUCUGUUUGGCACCAAUGCUACCUUCUGCAAAAACAUGGAGCUGAACGCCCCUGUCCUCAUUCUGAAGCACUCAGUCCCAGCCAGGAACUUCCUGCUGCUGUUCAAGAAAGGCUCCCAGGAUCUGAUGGAGCCCGCGAGCUGCCCCCACUCCCCCCCUAGGCCUCAACUCACCUCGGCCCAAUGUCGUUGUCCCCUGAGCGUCCUCCGUGUGUGCCACCGGCCGCUGGGCACGUGGAGCCACCUGGCUGUAGAUCAGAGUAUCCGUGCUGUUGGGCGCCCGCGUCCCCGGCCCCGUGCCUGCCGGAGCGCCACGCUUCUGCACCACAGCUGGUGCCGGGCUGGAGAGUGUGUGAGCAAGACGCCCAUCCCAGAGCACGUGGACGGGGACUGGAGUCUGUGGAGCGCCUGGAGCAUGUGCAGCCGGACGUGUGGUACAGGAGCGCGAUUCCGGCAGAGGAAAUGUGACAACCCCCCCCCUGGACCUGGUGGCACACACUGCCAGGGUGCCAGCGUAGAACAUGCUGCCUGUGAGAACCUGCCCUGCCCCAAGGGUGUGCCCAGCUUCCGGGACCAACAGUGCCAAGCCCAUGAGCGAUUGAGCAGCAAGAAGAGAGGCCUGUUGACAGCAGUGGUGGUUGAUGAUAAGCCCUGUGAACUCUACUGCUCACCCCUCGGGAAGGAGUCCCCGCUGCUGGUGGCUGACAGGGUCCUGGAUGGCACACCCUGCGGACCCUACGAGGCUGACCUCUGUGUGUAUGGCAGAUGCCAGAAAAUUGGAUGUGACGGCAUCAUCGGGUCUGCAGCUAAAGAAGACAGGUGUGGUGUCUGCAGCGGGGAUGGCAAAACCUGCCGUGUGGUGAAGGGUGACUUCAGCCACUCCCGGGGGACAGGUUAUAUCGAAGCAGUUGUCAUUCCUGUUGGAGCUCGGCGGAUCCGCGUGGUGGAAGAUAAACCUGCUCACAGCUUCCUGGCUCUCAAAGAUUCCAGUAAGAGAUCCAUCAACAGCGACUGGAAGAUAGAACUCCCUGGAGAGUUCCAGAUUGCGGGUACAACUGUCCGCUACGUGAGGAGAGGCUUGUGGGAGAAGUUCUCAGCCAAGGGACCCACCACAGUGCCGCUGCAUCUGAUGGUGCUGUUGUUUCAUGACCAGAAUUACGGGAUUCAUUACGAGUACACCAUACCUGUAAACCAGAGCUCAGAAAACCAGAGUGAGCCCGCCAAGCCCCAGGAUGCUCUGUUCCUCUGGACCCACAGCGGCUGGGAAGGGUGCAGUGUGCAGUGUGGAGGAGGAGAACGCAGGACUAUUGUAUCGUGCACACGGAUUGUUAACAAGACCACAACCCUGGUGAAUGACAGUGACUGCCCCCAAGCAAGUCGCCCCGAGCCCCAGGUCCGACGGUGUAACUCUCACCCAUGCCAGUCCCGGUGGGUGACUGGUCAGUGGAGCCCCUGCUCAGCGACCUGUGAGAAGGGCACGCAGCAUCGGGAGGUGACUUGCGUGUACCAGCUCCAGAACGGCACGCACGUCACUACUCGGCCCAUCUACUGCUCAGAACCCCGGCCGACACCAGUACAGAGCUGCGAAGGCCAGGACUGCCUGUCUAUCUGGGAAGCUUCAGAGUGGUCAGGGUGCUCUGCCAACUGCGGCAAAGGGAUCCAGAAACGGACUGUGACAUGCACCAACUCCCAAGGGAAAUGUGACACGUCCACACGGCCGAAAGCAGAGGAGGAGUGUGAGGACUACUCUGGCUGCUAUGAGUGGAAAACCGGGGACUGGUCUAAGUGCUCAUCCACCUGCGGGAAGGGGCUCCAGUCGAGAGUGGUACAGUGUAUGCACAAGCUCACUGGACGCCAUGGCAGUGAGUGCCCAACUCUCUCAAAGCCAGCAGCCUACAGACAGUGCCACCAGGAGGUCUGCAAUGAGAAGAUAAAUGUGAACACCAUCACCUCCCCUCGCCUUGCCGCUCUGACCUACAAAUGCACCCGGGACCAGUGGACGGUGUACUGCCGGGUCAUCCGAGAGAAGAACCUCUGCCAGGAUAUGCGAUGGUACCAGCGCUGCUGCCAGACCUGUAGGGACUUCUACGCAGAUAAGAUGCGCCAGCCGCCCUCUCCGCCAAGCUCGUGACAG